UUUUUUUUUUUUAAGGCUUUGACAAUCAAUCAUGACACGGUUUAAUGGGUGUAUUGAUCUCCAUCAUGGAAAAGUAAAGCAGAUUGUCGGUGGAUCGUUAUCAGAUAAAUCACCUGAGCAGUUAACUACAAACUUUGUAUCAGAAGAAUCACCUAGCUUUUAUUCUAAACUUUAUAAAGAACAUCAAGUUACACGUUGUCAUGUUAUCAAGUUAGGACCUAAUAAUGAUGAUGCAGCCAAAGAAGCACUCAAAGCUUGGCCUGGUGGACUACAAAUAGGUGGUGGGAUCACCCUAGAUAAUGCACUGUAUUGGUUAUCUUUAGGUGCCUCCAAAGUUAUUGUCACAAGUUAUUUGUUUCCAGAAGCCAAAUUUUCUUUAGAAAGAUUACAAAGACUUUGUGAACUUGUUGGUAAAGACAAGUUAGUUGUUGAUGUUAGUUGUCGCAAAAAGGAUGAUAAAUGGAUAGUUGCUAUGAAUAAAUGGCAAACAAUGACAGAUAUGGAAGUGAAUAAAGAUACUCUUAAUAUGCUUAGUCAGUAUUGUAGUGAAUUCUUGAUCCAUGCAGCAGAUGUUGAAGGUCUCUGUAAAGGAAUAGAUGAAGAACUAGUUAAAUGCCUUGGCGAUUGGACUCAUAUUCCUACAACCUAUGCUGGAGGAGGAAGAUCUAUAGAGGAUUUGAAACUUGUUGAGAAAUUAUCAAAUGGUAAAGUGGAUUUGACUUUUGGAAGCGCGUUGGAUAUCUUUGGUGGAAAUGGAGUUGCUUUCCAAGAAUGUGUAGAAUGGAAUAUACAACAUUCACAAUAAAACGCAUGUAUAUUUUUUUUAUGACUAUUUAAGAAAUUUAUUCCAAUUCGAGUUCAAGAAAAAACCUCAGUUUUUGGUAAACUUUACAUAUGAAAUAAUCUAAAACCCCUUUAAGCACAUAAAAUACUUGAUGUUUGUACAACUCAAUGUGAACGAUCGUUACUCCAGUAAAUGGGACACAACUAAACUAUCUAAUUGAAACAUGAAUUCUGUCGUAUCUUUUACUUGAAAGAAUGUAGAAAGAAAAUAAGCCAUAGAUUAUGUUGUGGCAAACUAUUGUUAUACUUGAAGCCAUCAGUUUUAACCUGACACAUGGAAUACAUUAAAAAAUAGGAGCUGGUUCUAAGUUUUUAUUAUUGUCUUUAACACGCUUUUUGGUGCAUGUUAUAAUUGUUUUUUGUUUUUAGUAUUUUAUUUGUAUCAGGGUCAGGUAUUCAUUCAAUCAUUUGUAGUACGUAAUAAAUUAAAAAUGGAAAUUUACCAAAAAUUCUGUUUGUG